UCGUUCGCAACGGUCGGUUUUCUUGUUUCUUGUGUGAUAGGCGGUAUAAUAUCGCAACAGUUGUGUGCGGCUUUUACCAUGUUUUUAAUUUUUUCUCUCCCAAAACGCACACUCUUAUCUGUAUGAAAGGUGUAUUCGUUCUGGUGGAAGCGGGGCUCGCUGCUAAUUUGGGCUGUGUUUUGAUUGUGUGGCUUAAAUUUUGAAAUUACCGUCUUGUAUCCAGUCCCGCGUGCAAGUGAAGCAGAGCCAUUAGUUUGAAGUAGAGCCCUAGUGUAAAAGUGGUGCUUGUGUGGCUUAACCAAUGUGGCUCAGUUCCAGUAUUGUUUACUACUCCCAGUGUAUGAUCGUUCUAUUAGACGCGCUGUUAUGUUGACGGGCAAAUGUGCACUGUAAACCUCUAACCUUUGUACCAGCGUUUGGUGAAUUGAAGCAAAGAAGUUGGAUUAAUUAAAGUACUACAUAGUUUCGAAGGGAGGAUCCCGUACGGGCUUGGCAGAGCGUGGAUUACUUGGCUACUCGAACGACAUAGCACACCAAUACAGGCAGAUUGCCGUUCAAAAUAGGUCCCGUAGCAGCAUGACCCGCCGGCGUUUUCCGACCUGGUCGGGUGUGCUAUCGCUGCUUUUGUUGUACACCAGCCGUGUUUCACUGCUAGCGUGGGCUCAACAGACGAACCCAACCGAUGUCACACGAUACAAUCCGCUGGAUCCGUUCAACCGGCCACGUUUUAGUCCUACCUCAGGCAAUUUGCAACCUCAGGGAAGUCCGCAAUCGGGUAUUCCAGACCCUCGGAAUCCCAACUACAAUCGAGACUUCUACGGAACCGGUAACAUAGACACAAACAACAUCGAUAAUCGGUUCGAUCCCAGUCGGGAACGGAACCGAGAUGUUCUUUUCCAAUCCAGCACCCCGCGGGAUUUCAGUUCAAAUCGCUUUACCUCAACGCCAAGGCCACGCAACUUUAAUCAGGGAGUCAGUCGGAAUACUUUCCAGGAUUUCGCAAACAAUGCACUGAGCAAAGAGCUGACAUACUUCGUGGUGGCUUCACGGAUGGUUCGUCCGGGUCAGAUCUACAAAGUUUCAGUAAUAGUUCUUGAAACCCAGCAUCCUUUAUCGGUUCGGGCCAGUAUUUCCCGGGAUGGCGUUGAACUGAGUAGUGAGCAGAAGUCUGUACGUGUCGGUACUCCGGAACAGUUGCUGAUGAGAGUUCCUCCAACCAGUGUGAUCGGUGAUUACAAACUGCGAGUGGAAGGAUCAUACGAGAACACAUUUGGUGGAUACGUGUUUGUGAAUGAAACGAAAUUGACAUUUUCGCAAAGAUCUAUGACGAUCUUCGUACAGAUGGAUAAACCCGUAUACAUGCAGGGGGAAAUGAUUCGAUUCCGAACGAUUCCGAUAACGACUGAACUGAAGGGUUUCGAUAAUGCGAUCGAUGUUUACAUGCUGGAUCCAAAUAAGCACAUUAUGCGAAGAUGGCUGUCUCGGCAGUCUAACCUUGGUUCCGUUAGCUUGGAAUAUAAAUUAUCGGAUCAGCCUAUGUUCGGUGAGUGGACAAUUCAGGCAAUUGCUCAAGGACAGGUCGAGGAGGCAAAGUUCACAGUAGAAGAGUACUACCAAACGCGGUUUGAAGUGAAUGUAACGAUGCCAGCAUUUUUCUUCCAAACGGAUCCGUACAUCUACGGGAAAAUUAUGGCAAACUUUACAAAUGGCACACCUGUAAAGGGUAACCUGACAUUGAAGGCCACCAUUCGACCGAUUGGAUGGAUGAAUCCUAAGGCAAUCAACCACGUAAGUCGAGUUUGGAAUACAGGAAACCGUAGGGAACUGGACCCGAAUGUGCCUUACUAUUUGCAAAACAGCGAUCCGAAUCUUUACAAUGCACAAAAUACAUACACCAGUCAGUUGAACCAGGACAAUCAACCGAAUGACCAACGGUACCAACAGAACAGUGGCUUCCAGGAUUCGUACAUCGUUGAGCGGCACUAUAACUUCGAUGAAGAAUGGCCGUUUUGGGUUAAAAAGCCUGUAGAUACUGAUGCUCAGUGGGACUCCUGGACAAAUACCUACAGAGAAAGUCUUCCAUAUCUGCGAUAUUUCAACGGAACCUAUCAUUUCCGAUACCCUAUGGCUGAGCUUGCACAUUUGUUCACAAAUAACAUUGCAGGAAUGGAAGUUCUAAUUACGGCACGUGUCGGUGAGCGAUUCUAUGACGAAAUCAUUGAAGGUUACGCGAUGGCACGAGUCUACAACUCUUCGAUCAAAAUCGCUUUUCUCGGAAACUCUCCUCAAGUUUUCAAGCCGUCGAUGCCCUUCACACUGUACCUGAUUGCGGAAUACCACGAUGGAUCAGCGCUUCCGAUCAAUCCAUUAUACCCAGGUCGUAUGGAGAUUUCCGGUUCAAUCGACAGUCGUAGCGGAGGAGGUCGCAACUCGUUCGAGGUUAGAGAGCUUCAGAUGUCUGAUAAACCUGGAGUUUGGGAACUAAAAAUUGAUCUACGAAACGAUUUGAACUUGGAAAACAGCAAGCAGAGCAACGAUUUCCUGAAUGAGAUCCAAUCUAUGCGGCUGUCUGCGAUAUACACGAGCGCGACAGGAGAUCGUGCUACCACGGAACUUCUUCUUCUGUCCCACUUCUCGCCCAAUAACCACAAUAUCAAGGUUUCGACCAGCACUGCAGACGCGAAAGUGGGUGAAUAUAUCAUCUUCCACGUGCAAAGCAAUUUUUACAUCAAGGAUUUCCACUACAUCGUUAUGUCUAAGGGCAUAGUAUUAAUCACAGGGCAGGAAAUAUUGUCCGGAGGUGUUCGAACGAUGUCCAUCACGCUUAGUGCGGAAAUGGCCCCUGUCGCUACUAUAGUAGUAUGGCACAUCGGUAGAUACGGAAAGGUAAUUGCGGACAGUUUGACCUUCCCAGUUAAUGGAAUAUCGAGAAACAACUUCACGGUUCUCAUCAACAAUCGAAAGGCACGAACGGGUGAAAAAGUGGAAGUUGCGAUCUAUGGCGAAGCUGGAUCGUACGUUGGGUUGUCCGGUAUUGACAAAGCGUUCUAUUCGAUGCAAGCUGGUAAUGAACUGACAUACGCGAAUGUUAUUACAAAGAUGGCCACGUAUGACGAACCAACAAAUGGAACGUUUAAGAAGACGUGGAUUUCUCAUGAGGGUGAUGCCGAUGAAUUAGUGUAUUAUCCUAGUUCUACGUUUGGAAUUGAUGCCAACAGAACAUUUGAGUAUGCUGGGUUGGUGGUGUUUACGGAUGGAGUAAUUCCAAUGCGACCACUUACAUGUGAUACAUCCAUGAAUUACAGCGAGUGUUUGAAUGGCCGAUGCUAUCGAAAAGACAAAAGAUGCGAUGGUUAUUUAGAUUGCGAAGAUGGUACUGACGAAUCCGGCUGUGAUUCAGGUAACAGUACAGCUCUAACGGAAUUCCGAAAAUACAGAUUCAAUAGAAUCCUUCGACACUAUGGGAAUGUUUGGUUAUGGAAAGACAUCAACAUCGGCCCACACGGUAGGUACAUCUUCAAUCUGGAGGUCCCGCAGAUACCGGCACUUUGGAUGGUUUCUGCGUUCGGAGUGAGUGCCACUCGCGGAUUUGGUAUGAUAAGGAAACCUAUUGAAUAUGUCGGGAUUCAGCCAUUCUUCAUCAACAUUGAAAUGCCAACGGUUUGUCGACAAGGGGAACAAGUUGGAAUUCGCGUGGCGGUAUUCAACUACCAAACGGUGGAUAUCGAAGCUACUGUGGUCCUUCAUAGCUCUCCUGACUACAAAUUCGUUCACGUAGGGGAAGAUGGAAUUGUUCGUUCUUACAAUCCGAAAACCUCAUUUGGAGAACAUCAAUUCUACAUAUAUCUGCUGGCACAGGACUCCACUAACGUGUAUCUUCCAAUAGUACCAACCCGUCUGGGUGAAAUUGAAGUAACUAUACAUGCAUCAACUCUGCUCGGAGCUUACCAGUUGAGCCGCAAAAUCCGAGUAGAGGCUGAUGGCCUUCCGCAAUAUCGUCACCAAUCUACGUUACUUGAUCUCAGUAAUCGCGCCUAUUUCUUCCAAUACAUGCAUGUAAACGUUACGGAAACUCCAAUCAUUCCUUACGAAAUCGACCGUUACUAUGUUUUUGGUUCCAAUAAAGCCCACAUAUCCAUCGUGGGUGAUGUAGUCGGAGCUAUAUUUCCAACCAUGCCCAUCAACGCAACUUCCUUGCUCUCUCUGCCGGUGGAUUCGGCCGAACAAAACAUGUUCAGUUUUGCGGCCAAUUUCUAUACUAUUCAAUACAUGAGAGCUAUCAAACAGCGUAACAAGAAAACGGAAAAGCAGGCAUUCCACUAUAUGAAUAUCGGUUACCAGAAACAGCUGAGCUACCUUACUCCGGAUGGGUCCUUUUCGCUAUUCCGCGCCGAUUGGAACCAGUCGGCUUCUUCGGUUUGGCUCACGGCUUACUGCGCUCGAAUAUUCGCGGAAGCAUCUUUCUACGAGUACGAAAAUUUUAUCUACAUCGAUCCGCUCGUUAUUCAAAAGAAUAUCCACUAUUUGCUAAAACAUCAGAAGGAAGACGGUUCAUUCUGGGAGGUUACCUGGUUACCGGAUAGAAAGGUUAACCGGUCAUCGGAAAAUCCACGCAAUGAAGUUAUUCGCACGAAAAACAUUACUCUAACGGCACAAGUUUUGAUAACACUUUCAUCUGUUAAGGAUUUGUCUGGGAUACUUGGUUCGAAAGUGUCACUGGCAGAGCAAAAAGCAUCACGUUACAUAGAACGGAACCUAGGCCUAAUCAAAGACUAUGCAUCACCAUACGAGAUCUCAAUUGUUAGCUAUGCCCUGGCCAAGUCAAAAGCACCCCAAGCAGAGCACGCUUUCAAAAUUUUGGCAAGUCGGAUGAGAACAAUAGCCGACCUUGCCUACUGGGGUAACGACGAAGUUCCGCAGCCUCCGAGUAAACUAGAGAAUCAAAAAUACUUCAACCUACCUCGAUUACCGUACAAAUACGACUCCCUUAACAUUGAAACAACGGCGUACGCAUUGCUAACUUACGUUUCACGCCAGGAAACAUUUACCGUAGUACCGAUUGUGCGUUGGUUGAACUCUCAACGUCUCACCGAUGGCGGUUGGGCUUCCAGUCAGGACACCGGUAUCGCCAUGAAAGCUCUCGGCGAAUACAGUACCAGAAAUCGUAUUGCUGAUGUGACCACACUCUCCCUCACCGUGGAAGCUACCUCGCUGCCCGGCCAAUCGAAGGUCUUGCACAUCGGAAGAAACAACCUUGCCGCCAGUCAGAGUAUCGAGAUACCGAACGCAUGGGGUACCGUAAAGGUACAAGCUAGAGGUGUUGGCUACGCAAUUCUUCAGAUGCAUGUAGAAUAUUCGGUAGAUUCGAGAAAAUUCCAAACAAGUCCACCUGUUCCGGCGUUCGAUCUGACUACACGAACCAUUUUCCACGGCAGAAAUCAGUCGCAUAUCAGCUACGUCAUUUGCCAAAGAUGGAUAAAUACACAGGAAUCGAUUCGAUCUGGUAUGGCCGUACUGGACGUAGCCGUUCCCACUGGGUACAUGAUUCAACAACAGAAGCUCGAUCGGUACAUUCUCAGCAAACGGGUGCGAAAUCUUCAGCGCGCUCGGUAUCAAGAGCGAAAAGUGCUGUUCUACUUUGAUUAUCUUGACAGCGAAAUGAUAUGCGUUAACUUCACCCUCGAGCGAUGGAUGCCUGUAGCCAACAUGUCACGUUACCUACCAAUUCGAGUUUACGACUACCACGCACCAGAACGCUUCAACGAAACCUUAUUCGAUUCGCUGCAAACCUAUCUGUUGAACAUUUGCGAAGUGUGCGGCAGUUCCCAGUGUCCGUACUGUUCGAUCUACAACACCGCCAUUCGGAAUCCGGUUUCGGUGGUUCUACUGCUUGUCGCUAGUAUGCUGCUGGUGGCCCGUCACUAUCGAAUAGUUAAUCCAAACAGUUGGAUAUUUUGGAACGAUUAGGAAGCAGGAGGAUCGUGUCCUCUAUUCUAAACAAGGAUCCUGCCACGUGAGAACAGCUCUUUUAAAUGUUUAAGUCAGACGUGUAAAUAACUCGAAUUCGCGAUAACACGAAUCUCUGCUAGGAAACUGCAUGUGAACAGAAUGUGCGAUAUUUUUUGUUCUAGAACUCGUGAGAUGUUUUUUUUAAUGCUGAACCGCCGCACUCAUAUCAUACUGUUUUGCAUGAUUCCAUCCAAGGCAUUUGUUUUGUACAAUUAUCAGUCCAUUAUUUAAAUCAAACUGUACAAGCCAAUCCAAUAGAAAUUAGUAUUUUUUUAAUUCAAGUAAGUGAAAAAAGCAAGCAGCUGAGCAGGCAGGGGAUUGCGACAUUUCUCAAGUUUCGUUACGUGCUAUAAAUGCAGCGUAAAAUCGGGAAUUAAGAAGUAAUAGUUAUUGUUUUAUCUUUUGUAGUGCGAAUUUUAUUCGUUUCGUAGGGUUUAUAGGAUUAAUCUCACGCAACAGAAAUCUUCAGGCCGUCCAAAUUAUCUGGUCAUAAGUUUUGUAUUAUUUUAAGACACCUAAUUUUAAACAACCAAACGAAACCCAUCCAUGGAAGUAACUUAAAAGUGAAAUGAACUGGCGUAUAAUGUUUAUUUUGUCAAUAAAAACUCUUGACUUAUCCAGACGAUUCAUGUCGUACUAUAAUAGUCUCCAGAUUCAAUCGUAAAAAAAUAUCAAAGCUCUUUAGGCAAGCAAUAUAAACCGAUGUUACAAAUUGUCAGGUGCCUUAACCCAGUUGUUCAUAAUCAACCUCAAUGGAUGUGCUAAUUAAGCACAUUUUAAAAGACUCACAUUAAAAACAUAUGUUUGUGAGAUGGAAGGAAACGAUAUUUUCAAUGAAGGGUUUACUCCACAACAGUCACAGCAAGUUUUAGCAUAAUAACAGCUGUUUAGUAAUUGAAUUUUUUUUCUAAAUAAAUAUGUGGAAAUGAUAGAA